UGUUGUGACAUUUGAAUGCACUUGGUGGUGAUUUCAUUUGUUUUUGUGUUUUUGUCCACGCAGCGAGGUCAGAAUACAGAUAGUGGGAGCGUCUGCCGUGAAGCCUCCUUUGAAGGAAUUAGUCGCUUCCAAGUGAACAACACUCUUUUACACCCAGUCAUCGUGGAAUGCCGUCUGAUUAAGACUGAUAUGGAGCUGGAAGUCCUGCGCUACACCAACAGGAUUUCCAGUGAAGCCCAUAAAAUGAUCAUGAAGCAUGUGAAACCUGGACAGAAAGAAUAUGAAAUGGAGAGGUAAGUGGUGCACUUUGUCAACAGAUCCUCUUUGUUCAUGCCAGACAUUUUAGGCCCAUGUCUGUCUACUCCAUUAUAGCUAUGGUAAUAUAUACAGUAUAUGUGGGGAUUAAACCAGCCCUUAUUUUAUUUUGCUCUGCUCCUGUCACUUUCAUUUGGAUAGACAGUAUGCUGUUACAGUCACUGUACUCAUUAAAUCAGUGUUACUGGAUAAGUUAAACUCUUUAUUUUGAUAUGUGAAAUGAGCUGCUGUGAUGAACUCG